AUGAAUUUUUCCACGAAUUUCAAGCACUUAAAAAUAUUAUCUAGUGUUAUUGGAGGAUUCAACUUAUUGAAACCAUUAAAUUCUACGGUAGUGCAAUCAAAUGCACUGAAGAUUCUACAGACUGAUAAUAAUAAUGGUAAAUGUCAUUUAUCGACAAGUUGCAGUUUAAAUCGUCAUCCUGGUAUUACGUAUCCUCGACCAGUUAGUCGUUAUUGGGCAAUAUGUAAAUUAAGAGAUCCAAAUCAAUACACUGUGGAUGCUUUACCAUUGGUACGAACUGGAGGAAGAGGACCUGAUGGUAAGAUUCAAUAUAAACAUGUUACAACUGGAUUAAAUCGUCCUUGGUUUAUGGUGGAUCAUAAUCGUUCUAGGCAUUUACCGACUAAAAAAGUCUUUGAAGAAAUAGUAUUACAAAUUAAAAAAAACUGGUGGAGACAUCCAUACAUUGCAUUAGUAGCUUCAGGUGAAGUGAAACGAUGGCUUAUUGCGACUACUAGUAUGAAACCUGGUGACAUAAUCCGUUCACAUGUGGAUAUUCCAACUAUUCCAGUUGAACCAAAAGAAGGUGAUGCUUAUCCUAUCGGUGCAUUACCAGUCGGUACAAUGAUUAGUCAAUUUGAAAUUAGACCUGGUCAAGGUGCCGUAUACUGUCGAAGUGCUGGAGCUAGUGCAGUUGUUCUUCGACGUGGAAAAAAUGUUGGCUUAAAGUCUAUUGAAGAGCUGUCCGCUUCAACAGGUUCUAAUGAUGAACUAGAAGAUGAUGAUGUUGUAUUCGUGAGAAGAAAUGGUAAUUCUAAGGUAUAUCGACUUCUACCAUCUUGUAUGUGUGUAGUUGGUCAAGUUUCGAAUCAUCAACAUGAUCAAUUCAAAUUUCGUAAAUUCGGUGAAAAGAAAUGGCGUGGAAUAAAACAACGCAGUGGAUUAUUUCAACGUAAAACUGGUAGAUUCGGUCGUAAAAUACGACCAAUUGGUCCACCUAUCGAUCUUGUUACUCAUGAAAGUUCAAAAAAUCAAUUUAUAUUAAAAUGUUCCUAUCCAGGUCUAUCAGAACGUACACGGAUGAAAGAACAAGCUAAAUUUGAAGCGCUACAUCCUCGAAGUAUAAAACGACCACAACCUGUACCUAAGCCACACAAUACACUGCCUGAUAAAAUGCCAAGAUAUCGUUGGUGUUCUUGGUCAUCUGUACGAUAA